AUGUUAUCUAAUUUUAUUGUGAAUACAAAUAGCUAAAGUCAACCUCAAAGCUUUCCGCUUUAGAUUCUUUAUAAUUACCCAAGUAGCAAUUACUAGAUAAUCACAAAGCCACAAAUCUACAAUUCAACUACAAAUCAACCGCUCUAUAUAUUAAAGAAUGGAUUUGAAAAUUCCUCGUACUUUCCGUAAUCUCAAUUUCAAAUAUCAGAUCUGCCUGACAUUGGAAAUUAAUAAUUAUCAAGGGAAAAUAAUUCAUUGCCCCUGCUCAUUAAGUCAGAAAACAAUCAGCAUUCUAUUUAACCUAUUAUCUCAGAAAGAUAAAGAGCAGACUCUUGCAUAUGCAAGUGUUAGUGCGGUGCUUUAGGGGAUGAUUUUCUGAUCAAACAUAAACAAGGGAUUUUUCUUCAGAAAUAAUUGAAUUCCAAUAAAGAUGAGCUUAAAUUAAUGUAGUAAUUGGAUAAUGAUAACCAGAUAGCAAAUGAAUUAACAGAGAUUGAUGAAUCUUAUGCAACUAAGUAAAUCAAAUAAAUCCUUAAACUUCCUGAAAGAUCUUAGGUUCAAAUUACUUUGGGAGAGCAUAUUAAUAAAGAACAACUUCCAAAUGUGCCUAAUAUACCAGCCUUGAAGACUUACAAGCAAGUUAAAAUAUAUAAGUAAGAGUUAAAAAAAUGGAAAACUCUUUUCAUUUGUACCUUUAAUAACUGCAAUACUGUCUGCCAGAAGUGGGGCACUUUAUAUGACCAUUUAAGAACUCAUAGCAAUGAAAGACCUUUCUAAUGCCCAGUAGAAUUAUGUCUCAAAACAUUUACAUAGAAGAGCAAUCUUGAAAAACAUAUAAAAACUCACAAGAGAUCUUACUUGAAAUGCUGUAAAUGUAAAGCUGUUUUACAUAAGGAUCGAUUGUUAAGACAUUUUAAUAAAAAUCACUAUGAAUCAUAGAUCAUUAAAUAAAAAGAAUGCGGAGUAAAAUAGAUUGAUGAAUUGAUUACUCCUCAUAAUGAGUCUGAAAAGAAGGAGCCCUGA